AUGGAGGUACGGAGCUUGCGUGAGAAUCUCUGGGUCACGGGGCCGUUCAGCGUCAUGAUCAGCUCUGCUGCAGGCGUGGUGAUCCAGCGCAGUCAAUGGCUCAUGCUGCCUGAUCCGCGGAUCCCAGAUCUGAGCCUGGAGGCAGCUGCAGUCUACUUCCAGCUUGGCCGGGCCCUGCUCUUCCAGGCCCAGGACACCAGCGACUUCCUGUCCGGCGGGCGGGCUGAGGCUGCUGCUCCAGCCACCCAGCCCGCGGAUGACAGGGGCAAGGCGUCUGUGACCAAGGAGGAAACUGUUUCUGGCAGCAACCAAGGUGACGACGGCAAGGACGGUGAUCAAAGCGAGGAGGAAGGGGAGGACAGUGGGGAGGCUUCAGAUCUGCAGCUGGCCUGGGAGCAUCUGGAGGCCGCCAAAGUCAUCUGGGCCAAGGAUGGCGCAAGGAACGCGGAGCGAUUGGCAGAGGUGCACUCCCUGCUCGGGGACGUGGGCUUGGAGAAUGAGGAUUUUGAGGGAGCGCUGUCUGACUUCCAGGAAGCUGCUGAGCACCUGGAGGCGGCCACACUGGCUCAGGAGCCCACCAUCGACCAGGGGAUUGCCUUGGCGCGUCAGCGCGCCGAGAUUCUGUACAAGCAGGGGAUGGCCUGGCAGUUUCUCGACAAUGCCGCGGAGGCGCUGUCUGCCACCCGCGCGGCAGUGGAGGUGCUGCGCGGAUUGGAGACUGAGCUGGCGGGCAUGGGCGAGGGCCGGGCCCGCGAGGCCGCUGAUGUGGCAGCCCUGCAGUCUGACCUGGCCCAGAAGGUGGAGGAGCUGCAGGAGGCGGUGCGCGAGCAGGCCUCCACCAAGGACAUGGUGAAGGCGGCGCUGCGACAGCUGACGGGCGGGCUGCCGGGCCAGACCCCCGCACCCCCCACGCCGUCCUUUCCACAGCCCAGCAGCAGCUCGGCUCCGGUGCAGGACCUGGGGACGAUCGGCCGGGGGACCAAGCGCAUCGUGCUCCAACCCACCCAGCCCGGCUCGGGGGCGGGAGCUGCAGGAGCUGCAGGAGCAGCGCCGCCGCCGGCCAAGAAGGCGGCGCGGUCGCUGGAGGACCUCAUGGGUGCGUGA